AUGGCGCUGGCGUCGUGCGGGAAGGCCUGCGCCCACGUGCUGCCGCGCCAGCCGAAGCUGUACCUCGGCAUCUUCCGAGCUGGCGGGCACAGGCUCCACCGUCGCGAUGUGCGCGGACAGGAGGGCCUCAUCGCCUGCUCCUCGCUCGCCAACAGCGCGGAGGCAGGCGCCGCGGCGGGGCCGGACAGCGCGCGCAGCACGCGCCGCGAGCGCUCGAGCGCCCCGCAGGCCUCCCGCGGCACGGUCAAGCGCAAGGUGGCCCUGCACCUGGCCUACCUGGGCACGCGGUACCGCGGGCUGCAGGUGUCUGCGCCGGGCCCGCACACCACGACGCUGACCGUGGAGGACCACCUCCUGGACGCGCUCGGACGGUCCGGCGCGAUCAGCGCGAGCAACCUCGAGGGCGGCCCGGGCAAGGUCCGCUGGUCCCGCAGCAGCCGCACCGACAAGGGCGUGCACUCCCUGUGCACGGUCACGAGCUUCAAGAUGGAGCUCGAGCGCGACGACGCGGCGCAGAGCCCGGGGGAGGCCGACCCGGAGGGCCUGCGCGCGGCGGCGCGGAUCAACGCGCACCUCCCGGGCGACAUCCGCGUGCUGUCGGUGCAGCGCGUGACCAAGACGUGGAGCGCGCGGCCGAGCUGCACGCGCCGGCGCUACGAGUACUUCCUCCCCGCGCGCCUCCUCCUCGCGGACGCGGUGCCCGGCGCGGCCGCCGGCGACCUCGCGUCCGAGGCCGCGGCGGUGGCGCGCCUGCGCGCGGCAAUGGCGCGCAUGGAGGGCGCGCACCCGUUCCACAACUUCACGAAGCGGCGGCUGUACCGCCCGCAGGCCACCGCGAGCAAGCGCGCCGCCGCGGACAGGCUCCGGGCGCGCGACGCCCGCGCGGAGGACGCGUCGGACCUGGGGCCGUCGAUCGACGAGGACGACGAGGGGUACGGGAGCGACGCGGAGGAGGAGGGGCCGCGCGUGGGCGCGGACGGCGUCCCGCUGCAGUGCGGGCAGAGCAGCAAGGGGUGGGAGUUCGACUGGCUGGACCGCGUGCGCGCGGCGGACCGCGUGGGGCGCAGCCACUACCGCAACGUGACGCGGUUCCGCGCGGAGGACCCCGCGGCGCUGGUCGCGGGCGGGGAGCGCUGCGUGCGCAUCACGAUCGAGGGCGACUCCUUCAUGCUGCACCAGAUCCGCCACAUGGUCGGGACCGCGCUCGCCGUGGCGCGCGGCGUGAUUCGCCCCGAGGUGCUCGAGCUGGCGCUGCAGGAGCCUGCGCGCGUGACGACGCCGCGGGCCCCGCCUCUGACGCUGGUGCUGACGGACGCGCGGUUCAAGCGGUUCGCGGUGAAGCGCGGCGGCGCGGGGCAGCAGGACGCGGCGCAGGGGGCGGCGCUGCUGACGGGCGAGCGCCUCGCGCUGCGCCAGGGGGGCGCGGCGGCGCAGGAGGCAUUCCGCGACGGGCCGCUGGCGCGCGAGAUCAACGCGCUGCUGGCGGACCCGACGUGGGAGGACUGGGCGCGCGGGCUGAGCUGGCACGUGCUGCCCGACGCGGAGGUCGAGGAGCUGCUGGCGCGCGCGCAGCCGUGGAUGGAGGAGCGGGCGAGGGCGCGCGGGGGCGGCGGCGGCGCCGAGGAGGCGCGGGCGGGGGGCGGCGACCGGCGGUGA